CACACACUUUUGACCACACCUGUCCACCAAAAAUGUUGUUGGGAACUCUGUUACUUCACUUCCUCAUGUUCUCAGAGCAAAAUCAAGUCACUUCCUUUCAAAUGUGUCUUUUGUCAUAUGUCAACAUGCAUAUUCACAGCUUCUUUUCACUGCUGUUUCUGCUCCUGUUGUUUUCAAGAGCAGAUGCUCUCUUUGGUUAUGGUUUGCUUUGCUGCCAGUUUACUUCCCCUGAUGACCUUGUUUAUGUGGAGCAAAUCUACUAUAAUAAGGUGUUUCUGAUCGAGUAUAACAGCACUGAGGGGAAAUAUACCGGCUACACGGAGAAAGCUAAAGAGCUUGCAGAUGGCCUCAACAAAAGCCCUGCUAUGAAGAGAAAAGAAAAAAAGAAUGAAGAGAAAUACAGAAGCAGCGUCCCAUUGAUACUAGCUCUCCUUUCAAAAACAGUUGAGCCCUCCGUCAGGGUGAGAUCAGUUGAUGCAGCGAGCAGCAAACAUCCAGGCAUGCUCGUCUGCAGUGUGUACGGCUUUUAUCCCAAACAAAUCAGAGUGGCUUGGCUGAGGAACGGAAAGGAGGUGACAUCUGAGGUGACUUCCACUGAGGAACUGCCCAAUGGGAAUUGGCUCUACCAGAUGCACUCCUAUCUUGAGUUUACACCCAGACCCGGAGAGACAAUCACCUGUAAGGUGGAGCAUGCCAGCCUCGUGGAGCCUGGGCUUUAUGACUGGGACCCGGCACGUGAGUCACAGAGGAAUAAGAUCGCGGUCGGGACAGCAGGGCUGCUGCUGGGUUUGGUGUUUUUAGUUCCUGGGCUGAUUUACAACAAGAAGAACACUGCUGGCCGAGAGUUGGUGCCAACAAGUUAAGGCCAAGCCAAAAUGUAAAAUGACCUGACUGUGGAAUCAUGUCACCAAAAUGGCAGAGGACCGAAUAAAUAAGGUUUUUAUGUGGAGCUGCACUCAAUUCUUAAGGAUCGAGGUUGAUGUGCUGUAUAUCGUAUCUACAGGAAUAAUUAAUGUUGCAAUAGUUAAUCUAUUAAAAGUAAGCUUUUAUUGAAGUUUCAGGAAAAUUGUUUGAAAAUAUUCUGUCAAAACCUACAUUUUCUUUUGAACUGUACGCAUUAUCAUGAUUUAAGAGCAUAUUUUCCAUGAAAUGGUUUGACUAAACCUUGAAAUAUUCUGUUGUUGAGAUGAAAAACAGGAACGAUUUAAUUAGUAUUUACUUUGAUUUCUCCAGUGCUAUAUAUUGUAGUAGACUAAAUGUAUUUGACAUGAUUUGUAAAUAUUAAUUUAGACAAUGAAGGUUUGAAGAUUUGAAUGUGAAAGUUGUUCAAGUAUAUUUGGACAUUUUUUGUUGAUUGAAAAUGUAUACACAGCACUAUGGUUCUGGCUUAUGGUGCCUUCAAAUAAGAUAAGAUAUUCCUAAAAUAAGAUGUUCCUUUAUUAGUCCCAUAGUGGGGAAAUUUGCAGAAUGGGGUCGUGUUUACCGUGUUCACGAGAGUCCAUAUGAACGCCCCCCUCUUGUAGUAUUCACAACCUUGUAAGUGGAAAGUUUCUGAAAGCUCCAAGUUCGAUGACGGAGGCCAUGGAUGUUAAUUUUCGGCGCAUAAUAAGUUGAUAUAUUGUAAUUUUAGUCAUAUAUUGUUUUUUUUUGUAAUUUUAUAAUAUGUCUAUUGAAAAUGUUGAUAUUCCCAACGGCCUCAUAUUUUUCCUCUGUCAUUAUGCCUUUGCAUUUACUGCAUUAUGUUACCCGCUUGCUAGCUUGCUAAAUUGUUAGCCUCUGUGGCUUUAAGACGCCGACAGUAACGUUAAUAUUGUCGUUGCUUAGCAGCGGUGUUCUCACGACUUAACCACUUGGAGUUGGUGUCACCAGCUCAGAGGACGGCUCGUUGUGAUUAAAAUUAUGUUGUAGCUCGUUUUCUACCUUACUACGGUUAGAAAGAGCCUUCGUUUGUGUUUUAACAACAUUUUGUUUAUGAGUUAUUGAUCCGGGAAGUUCGAAUCUGUCAAUAUUUUUCGAACUUUGGUAAACUAGUUCAGUUCUGCAUUACUCUUCCACAAUGAAAAAGUGAAUAAACUCUUCAUCUGUAGAACGGUGUUGA